AUGGCCAGAAUCGACGAAAUGCGCGUGUCGGAGCCGCACAAGGAGCUCGCGGUCGCCAACGAAAAGUACGUCAAGAACUGCACCGAGCUUGUGCUGGCGCACCGCGAGAUCGAUGUGCUCGGCAAUUUUGAACCGUUUGUGAGCCUUGAAGUGCUCUGGAUCAACGACAACAAUAUUGAAAAGCUCACGGGUCUCGACACGUGCUUUCGCAUCAAGUACUUGUUUGCGCAAAACAACCGCAUCUCGACGGUCGAUGGGUCGCUUCUGCACUUCACGUUUUUACGCGAGCUUCGACUCUUCAACAACCGUCUCCAGGACCUGCACGCGACGCUCCGAACGCUCUCCAAGCUUUUGCACUUGCACGAUUUGGAUUUGUUUGGCAAUCCGCUGGCCGAAGAGGAAAACUACCGUCUGCACGUGAUUGCAGCAAUCCCGUCGCUCGAGGUGUUUGAUCGCCACGUCAUCACCCCCGACGAGCGCAUCGCCGCCAAGAAGCUGCACCUGCGGCGUCCCGGCCACGCAGCCAAAGCCAGCAACAACCACCAGUUGGCAAAAGAGCCACAGCCGCACGAAUGGUCGGGCACGGUCAAGAUGCUAAUGAAGGAAGUGUCGGCCCAAGAAGAGGCCGAACGAAAGAAGCAAUUUCAAAUGACCGACGCGUCGUUUACGAGUCAAACGAAUGCGAGCAACCGCGCGAUUGCCAUUGCUCAGAACGCAACGGUCAUGGACGAGUGGGAUCUGUGCCAUUUGCGCAAAGCCUUUCGGGCGGCCGACCCCCGCAAACGCGGGUGGAACACGAUUUUUGACAUCAAUAUGCAGCUCGUCUUCAACGAUUAUGUUCUCGACGAAGAAAGCAGCUUUUCGGAACUACUUGCACACAUUACGCGGCCCAUGACCGCCGCCGAGAUUGAUCAAGAAGAUGUCGACCCGCCCACCACGAGCCUUGUGACGUGGGCACUCUUCUCACAGGGAUUUACCCAAGGGUUCGUUGGACCAAACAAAGUGCCGCUGCGUUGGCAACCGCUACCGGCCACUGAUGUGGCUGCGCGCGCCAACGAGUACUUUGAAAAAACGCGCGCCCUCCAAAAACGCAUGCUGUCGAUGGCCGAGCCCAAGCCGGACUUGAUCAAACAAAUGCACGCGCUAUCCCAAAAGGCGUACCACCUGCAAAGCCUUUGUGACCAGCGCAGCUCGGGACGCAGCUCGUUUGCACACAUUGCUGCGGCCGAGGCCAAGUCCCCUGCCCGCGACGCGAUCACGGUGUUUAGCUAUACCAAAGUAUGUCCGUCCAAGGACGAAAAGGGCCAGAACGAUCCGAGCCAGCUCCUCGCCAAGAAAUACGCCAUCAAAGACAAGGAUUUCCAAUCGUACUUGAAAGCCAAAGACGCGCGGCGGCCGAUCAAGGUCACAAAAGACGUGGUGACGUUGUAG